GUGAAUAGCAACAGCAGCAACAGAGGCAGCAACAGCAACAGCAGCAGCAACUAACAUUAGCGGGCAAGUUCCUCAGGAACCAUGACAUUAAUGUAUUUGUAAAGCCAGUCUCUGCUGAGCUGAAGUGCUGAAUGUCCUUCUAGUGACGGUGAAAAUGACACAGAGAUGACUCACCAGUGGCUUGGACAUCUGUGAUUUGACAGAAAAUGAGGCUUGCUCAGUUUGUCAGACUUGUCAUUGCUCGUAAUGAUUGCUACUGUAGGAACAUAAACCACACUGACAUGGACAACAAACUAUAGUGAAUCAUGUUUGUUGCAUUUUGCACAUCACACUCACAAAAAACACUAACUACAUCAAUUAUAAUUUAGUUUGUUUUUAAUGGCUUUCAGUUGAUAACUAGUGCUGACGAUGUCACUGGCCGAGCAGUCUCAAAAGUGGUUUCCAACCCAUGUCCAAGCCACUGUUCUUCAAGCAACCGGUUUACAGCCCAAGGGCAAAAAUGCCACCAAUGAUGCCUACACUAUCAUCCAGUUGGGCAAAGAAAAGUACUCGACGUCGGUGGCAGAGAAGACACUUAACGCUGUCUGGAGAGAGGAAGCCUCCUUUGAAUUACCUGGUUUACUUCUGGAGGGCAACCCAGAAGUAUAUGAGCUCUGCCUUAUAGUGAUGCAUCGGUCCUUGGUCGGGAUGGACAAGUUCCUGGGUCAGAGGUCCAUCAACCUUAAUGAAAUCUUUGAUAACAAGGAACGGAAGAAAACUGACUGGUAUCCCUUGCAGUCCAAGCCGGGGAAGAAGAGGAAAGAACGAGGGCGCAUCCAAGUCAGCAUCCAGUUCAUGAGGAACAACAUGACAGCCAGCAUGUUUGACCUCUCCAUGAAGGAAAAGCCCCGCUCGCCUUUUUCCAAACUUAAGGACAAAAUGAAGGGUCGCAAACACGACAGCGGCUUUAGUGACACGUCUUCAGCCAUCCUGCCUCGCUCUGCCAUGUGUGACUCGGAGCCUAACCGCCAAUCCUUCGCCCCAGAACCACAACCCCAGCCCGAACCAAAGGGCAAGAGGCCACUACUCGCUGGGGCUCAUAAACUCUCUGCAGCCCAUUCCAUGUCGGAUCUCAUCGGGACUCACUUUCGACCCAAACUGGAUUCCAUGAACUCCAUUGAAGAAAGUGGCGGCCCUCACAGGCGUUCCCAGAGCGAGGUGCCAGGCUACCAGGACGACGAGGCACACUGUGACCCUUUCACUGAUAUCAGUGACACCCUGCCACAGAAGUAUGCCACGCUCCCACAGAACCGCAACCCAUUUGAGGGGGAGCACGGGCAGCUGUGGGACCGGCCAGAGCGGAAGGAGAAAAAGGAGAAGGUCAGCCUACUGGAACGCGUGACGGGAAAGAAGGAAGGACGCAAGACCAACUACGGGGGGCGUUCAGGCAGCUCUGGAGACCUGCGUUCCCCCAACCCUUUCAGUGGAGACUCUCAAGCAGACACUAACCCGUUCAUCUCCAACUACAAGGCCAGUGAUAAAAAGUCAACAACCGUAGACGUCAUGUUCGGCCAUAAGAAGAAGGACAUCUUCGGCAAGAAAAAGGAGGUGAAACAGGAAAGCGUGGCCGCCUAUAGCAACUUGUCCUUUGAGGAAGUUGUGCGGGAACUCAUCAAGCAGAAAGAAGUGGUGAAAAAGAAAGACGGCCACAUCAGGGAGCUGGAAGACUACAUCGACAACCUACUCGUGCGCGUCAUGGAGGAGACGCCGAGCAUCCUACGGACACCCUAUGAGCCAAAAAGGAAGGCGGGUAAACUUAAUAAAAAGUAGAAGGAAAAGUUACUAAUGAAGGUUUAGCAGUAGCCCGUGCAUCAAUAUCAUGUGGUAAAAUAAGUGGGAACAAACGGGGUUGAUCAAAGCCAAAUUUCUGAUUGAUUUAUGUCUUUGCUUAUAGAACAUUCUCAUUCAAUAGUAGUUUAUUUAAAAAAAAAUAUGUUUUGGUUAUUUUAGUACACCCAGGUAUUAUACCCUCUUUGUUUGGCAUUCCUAUAUUUUGCGGUGCAUUUUUAGGUACUGGAUGAGAGAAAUUCAUCGAUUGAUUCAAGUCCAAUCAAAUCCAUAUUUGUAUGCACUUGUGAACCCACAGAGGUCUGUUGCACAUGAAGCUGCAGUCAUCUGCCUAGAAGCUCUUAAGUUGCAAAUGCAGCCAAAUUCAUGUUUACCAGAUGGAAUAGUCGCAGUUGUGUGUGUGUGGACAUUGAGAAGAUAAGGCUGUAGUUACUGUGUUUACACUCGAGUCUCAAACUUCCCAGCUAAACUACGAAACACAUUCAGCGUCAGCAGCGUCAGCUUUGUUCUGAGCCUCUUCUGUGCUACAAAUGUGGAUGAACUCUGCUCUCCUGCACAAGCCUGAGUUAUUCAUGUGUAUUCUUAGAAAGACUGGACGAGAGUUACUGGAAGAAGUUGCUGGACAGUAACUGGGAGUCUGGUUUCUUUCUAGCUUAGAGUCUUUUUCUUUUUUUUUUCAUGAACAAAUGUACAGUUGCUGACUUUUCAUUCUUUAUUUCGCUUGUGAUGACGAUCAUUUAAGUUCCUGACCAACGGCCUCACGGUCACUCGCUGGAGGUAAUCAUUUUACUGACUUUAAGUGCAAUAAUCAGAACCUGAGUAUCUUGCUUUAUAUUCUGCUGGUAUUGUUCUUGUUUACAUUUUAAUCGCAUCUUUGAGUCGGACUCGUCUCUUAAUAUCGAUUGGAUUCACUGGAAAAACCUGGAGUUGUGUUGUUACGGCCUCCAUGGAUGGACCCGCCUUCAUCGCCUAUAUGCUUAACAAUCUUUAUUUAUGAAUGUGUCAUAGCUCAUUUAUAUAUGAACAUUACUUUAAUGUAUUUGAAAGGUACUUUAUACGCUACUGUAUCACACAAACACUGUACAAAUCCAAAACAAAAAUCCUCAGUCAUGAGUAUUAAGGUGUCACUGAUUCAGUUUUUAUAUGUACUUCCCAUCAGCUUUAAUAUCCGUUUACCUCGUCACAAAUUAAUCAUGUACUGUGCCUCAGUAUAGUUCAGCUUUUUUUUCUUUCUCUCAAAACAAUGUAAAUUGUAACAUUAAUAUACAGUAAUAUAAACGUGUCUCACCACUUCACGGAGUAAUGUGAUCGUCUCAUGAUUGUUCGAGGUGUACAGACUAUCAGUGUCAUUCAGGUUGCAAAUAACAGUUUGACAGCUUGUGUCAGAACUAUCCUCAUGGCACAUCUCAUGUGUCCUCGAUAAUCUGUGACGCUAAUGUUAGAACAACACAUUUCCAUGUUUAACUCAUUAAUUCUGUGAAUUUAUCAGUUUCUACUACACAGAUGCUGAGUGAGCUACAGGGCAGCUGUCGGGGGUGUAAAUCACGAGUUGUGUCACGGUACGAUAUUAUAUGGAUUCAAUUCAAUUCAGGGGCCUGAGCUCGAUAUGAGACGAUAUCAUUUAACACAAUCCCUUACAUUUAUCCCUCUACUCACAAAAUGCAGCUAAAAUAUUACUUGACAAUUUUAAUAAUAAUAGUGGGAUACUACUAAUAAUAAUACUGGGAUCUCCAGACAUUUAAAUAUAAAAACAAAAACAAUCUGUUCUUUUUACUAGAAAUAAUGAAUAAAAAGACCUCCUGCCGCUCACUAUAAAGUGCCACAUUUCUCAUGUCUAAGCACUGUUUGAAUGUUUAAGAAGGAAGUGCGAUUUAGACGUAAAUUGUGAAACGGACGUGCCAUUGGAAUUUCAAAAUAAAGGCGUAUCUUGGAUGAUAUGUAUCGAUGUUUUCAGUUUGCAUCGAUGAUACUGGAUCGUUGGUCAUUGACUCGAUAUAUGGAUGUGUUGUUACACCCCCAGCAGCUGUUGAUUGCACUGCUGGUACUGAAAUGAACUAAACCGCCCCCUAAAGGUUGAUCGUUUCUAAUCACCUAUGCCUGUGUUUGAGCUCGAUGUUCAACAAUAGUAGAAUCAAUUACGGAUGUUUAGGUUUACAUUUUUAAUAGUUUAUUCCUAUUAAAAGGAAGCAGCUUCUUGUACAGUGUUAAGCACGCUUUGUAUUAUCAUAGUAGUUGCACACAGUUGUUAUUGAUGUAUCUUUAUUUUGUAAUUACUUUCCAGUCUUACACAAUAUUUGACCUUUACACUGUAUGAUACCAAAUCACAUCUGAGUGCUACGCUGUAUCUAUGGAAUGUCGACCGUCAAAAAACACUUUAUAGAAGUUUGUCAUGAACCACUCGAACACAGUUUGUCAUGUACUAAUUAUUUCUGCUGCUGCGAACAGUUCUUCCUCUGGAGGUAUGCGAUCUCUUUUUGGACUUGAAGCCAAAAUCUCUUGUUACUGAAUGUAUUCCGGUCGGCUUUGAAAUACAUAAUUCUGAAAUGUGUAAUGAUAUACAGUACACUAACGAGGCCAUUCAACCUUGCUUGCCUUUAAAGUAUUUGGUGUUUCCAAAGAGAUUAUUUCAUAUGGUUGUGUCCCCCCCCCUCUUCUCUCUAUUGGUCUGACAAAACUCAGACAUCGUCAUUAUGGACAAGAAGUUAUUGUUUUGUGCGAAGAUGUGACGCAGAUGUUGGGUAAAUUCCUUUGUAUUGAAGACAGUAAUUUGAUCAGCAUAUAUUUUGCCAAACACGUUUGAAUCAGUUCAUAAAAUGAUGAGUAUUAUGUGAUACUAAUUAAGGAAAUACGUGGAUAAGAAUCUGUUUUACAUUACAGAAAAGCUUCUCACUGAUUGCCUUCCUACAUGUGCUGAAGAGUAAACUGUCUCCUCGUGUUACAGGCUUUACUGUACCAACUGCUUUAACCAGCCUGUAUUGCUAGUUAGCUAGUUGUUCAUGGACCUUACCGAGCUCUCAAUACUUCCACUGUACAUACUGUAUAGUCACUUUGUAAUAUCACUUCACCUCCUUUGACUUUUUGCACAUUUUGUUGUGCUGUAAAAUGUUUGAAAAUGUGCUUCCUGGGCUUUUAUUCUGCCUGUGAAUGAGAAGUGUGAGUUAAGCUAAAUGACAUUUAUAAAGUAGGAAGAAAAAUGUAAAAACAGAAGAGAAGUCUUCACCACCCAUCUUUCACUUGAGCUAAACUGACAUUGAGUUUGUGAUACUUCAGCUUUUUAAUAGUAUAAAGAAGUUUUCUCUUGCUCGCAAAGGCGUGUGGUGCGGUUAGUGUAGGUCAUAUUGUGAAUCCUAGAGUAACACUCGUAUGGAGGAUGGAACAGGUGAUUUACACUCAACCAUGUGCCCCGAAGCGCCGUAACAAACGAUAAGGUCGUAAUAAAUAAAUGUUGAACACAUUUGGACCCCGAGGUUAUUUAGUUCAAAUGAAAAAUGAAGGGUGCGUAGUUCAAAUUAAUUAAUUUUGCCUGUCAUAUUUUCUUUCAGCUUGAUUGCUACAUUUGCUUUAUGCUUUUAAUAUAAUGUGGUGCUUUGGAAGAUGUCAGAAUAAAACGCAAAUCUAAAUGAAAAGCAUUUUCAAAUCAUUUUCUAGCACAACAUUGCAAAGGGGUACAUUUAAACAAAACAACAAAUACCCCUGCAUCAUUAUUAUACUUCUUCGUUGCCUCUUUUGCAUAAUAUUUGUCAUCCAAUUAAUGCCAGUGUUUGAAUAUGCAAAGCACUCAAAAUGCUCGGAGGCAACAUUUCCUAAACAAUUUGGCCGUGGCCUGUCUUAUUUAAAUUUAUAUAGAUUAUUUUGCAAAUGCAUAAAAGUAUGUUUUGUAAAUGUUGUAGGUGAAUGUCCACCCCAUUCAAAACAAACAGUGCAAACAUAUGGGGAUUUCUUUUCCAUGUUGAAGAAGCAUGCAUUGAACCUUUUGAUGAAGAUGACAUAAAGCUCAAGUCAGAUCUCACAAUCCUCCUCUGGCAGUCUUUAAGUCUUCUACUGAUAAUAUGAUGCUGCUUGCCAUAGGCCACAUACAGCUGCCAGACACUAAGACUUAAGCUCCCGCUAAAUCCCCUGACGGUGCUUGUAAUGUGGCACACAGUUUUGAAGGAAAUGAUGACUGUGUUUAUAAAAGAUCUCGCCAGUUAGCAUUGAGUUUACAGAAUUGUAUGGUCUGGUGCACAGAGGUGCCAACACAAAUAAACCGUUUGAGUUGAGUUUAGUGCCCCGACAUGGUGCAGACCUAGAAGGACAUUUUGAUACAAACAUGUUGGUCUACUUGUGAAGGUAGGUGUUCUCAGGCACACACCUUGUAAUGUAGUAAGAUAAAGUCAAUGGCUGUGUUUGGAUUCUUGUCAUAUCUGCAUGUCAAUCACAUGUUUUGAUUAUGUAAAACUUUAAUUUAUUGCCAAAUUAUACAGCAUUUAUCCCGAUCUAGAAACCAUUGAUUCCACUGGAUUGGGUUGAUUUGACCUUAUUGUAAUGUAUGUAACUCUGAAUUGUAUAAUGUGUAAAUCUGUUUAAAAAAAAAAGAAAAGAAAAAGUCCUUUCAUUGGAGAAGGUAAAUGCGCUUUUUGUUGUUUUUUUGUUUUCACAUUAUAGCCAAUAUGCAAGACUUUCAUACCUGGAUGUGUGGGGACGAGAAUGUAUGGCUUUUUUUUUUAUUGUAGUUCUGGAAACAUAUUGGGGUCUAGAAGGUGUAUUUAUUACAAUAACAGUAUGAUGCUGUUAAUGAUGUAUAUAAAGUGCCAACACAAGCACUAAUGCAUAAGAACUUAGUGAUGCAUUUCUUAACAUUCACCCAUUCUCCAUGUUCUACAGUUUCAAACUUUUAGAUCUUCUCACCACCUUCAUAAUCAAAUUCCAAUGUCCUUUUCAAUAAACUCACUGUAAAUGAAAA